UUGUGACGGCAAACGUGGGCAUGUCACAAGACAGAUCUUCAAUUCGCGCGUUUGUAAGCUUAUCUUAACCGAUGUAUUUGCCUUUUUUCCUUUCGAUUUUUUUUCUCUCUCUCGUUUUUCCUACAACGUCGCAGUGAACUGCAGGACGGAUAAACGGAGCGUUUUCUCACCGGGCUUCGUGCGGUGAGCGCGAGCGGUGAAUGGAACGGGGAUGUUGUUUACAAAAAGCUGCCGACCGACAGUGCUCUGACGGUCAUCGUCCUGGGUUUUUUUUUUACAUUUUUUAUUUUUUUGGUCAUCUGUUAUAUUGUGACACAGUUGGAAAUUAGGCUUUGCUCCAUCUUUUCUCCUUUAAGAAGGCAAUGCCAUCAUUAGCAUCCCGGCGUGGAUUUGUUUUUGUCUGAUUUUAUUCGGGGUUCUGCACUUGACUCCGCGCUGAACCAAUUCACCGUUUAUGUAACUAAGGUGGGGCAAGUGGCAAAAAGCACCCUUCCCCUGCCUCUCAUUGGUCUUCUAUACCAUGAGCUCUGGCUCCGCCCAGGAUGUGGCUGUGGAGCAUUUCCUGCGUGACAUAGAGAGGCGGGGCCAGCGGCUGCACUGCGCUGUGAUUGGCUGUGAGGAGGAGCCUCUCCGUGGCGACAUGAACCUCUUGUACCGCAAGAGUCGACUGGACUGGAGACAUCGAGAUCAGGAGGGCAAGAAGAGUUGUAAAGAGGCCUCCUCGGCUACGGUGGGGAAGGUCCGCGACCUAGCGUCCUUUCGCCGUCACUUCCGCAUGGGCUUCAUGACCAUGCCGGCGUCGCAGGACCUGUCCCCGCACUCUUGUGCCGCCGCCAUGGCCCCGCGCUCACAGUCCUGCCACGCUGUGGGGGCCGGCGAGGGCGAGGCCCUGGAGAACGGCGACUACCCGGACUCGGACGGCCCGCCCCCCGCCCACCCCACCCGCUGCCCCCCGGCCAAGCCCCGUCGCCACCCCAGCACCCGCCUCAGCUCCACCCCCCAGCAGGAGCAUCCGCCCCGCGGUAGCCACGCCCCUCCAGAUGCCCCGCCUCCCCCGCCCCCCCAGCACCCUUGCAAACACUCCGAGAAGAAGAAUGCCAUGAAGAAGUCAGAUUCGGGGGAGCUCCCCGGUAGGAAGGUCCCCCCACAGAAGCCCAAACGCAGCCCAAGCACCCAGCUCUCCUUUGACCCCCCUCCCCCCCGGGUUCCGCCUCCGGCUACACCCCUCCCCUUCCAGAGUGCGGACCCGCCCCUUCACGGCGAGGCCGGGGACGACGAGCCUGUCUACAUUGAGAUGGUGGGUCAGGUGUUCACGCGCGAGACGCCGGGCGCUCCCACGCCCCACCCGCUCACGCCCUCCGCCACCACGCCGGACUCGGACUCAGACCAGGGCGAGGCCAUCUACGAGGAGAUGAAGUACCCAGCCGCCGACGAGGCGGCGCGGGACGCCCAGCGCCGCCCGCCGCCCAAGCACGAGCGCAGCAAGUCCUCGAAGGGUUACCCCCACUCCUCCGCCUCCUCCUCCGCCUCCACAUGCUCCUCCCUGCCCCGCCCCUCAUCCUCCUCGCCCUCCUGCCCGCCCUCUUCCAAGCCCAAGGCGACGGUCUCCAUUUCACACUCCUCCCCCCUACCGUCCUCUUCUGGCUCCGCCUCCUCCACGCCCGUGCCCCAGCCUAUCUCUGCUUCCCCCCACCCACCGCGGGCACCCACCCCCUUCCUCCUGCCGGGCACCCGGUCGGAGUCAGAGAUCGGCUCCAGCAAGAUCCCGGCGCCAUUCCCCAACCUCCUGCAGCACAAGCCGCCGCUCCUGGCCUUCCCCCAGCCCGCCGCUGCCUCUAGUGGCGUGACGGCGCAGCACAAGAGCAGCUCGAGCAAGCCGGGGGCCGGAGGCAGCAGCCAGCCUCCCGCCGGCUUCCCGCCCACCUCGGGCUCCAAGGAGUCGUCUGGGGGCGAGAAGGAGAGGAAGGAGGGCCAGCCAGGGCCGGCACCGGGCCUCAGGGCACGGAGCCACUCCACGCCGUUGCCCCCGUCUUCCAAGUCCUCCUCGCCAUACUCCCACCACCACCACCACCACCACCACCACCACCACCACCACCCGCAACACCGGCCCUCCCACUACCACCACUACCGGCGGCCCGAGAAGGAGGCGUCGGCAGCCAAGGCGACGACACCGGUCCCCUCCCAGUCCACAGCGCAGACGCAGACUCCGAGCCAGCCCAAGGAGGGCAAGUCCGUCAGCUUCCUGCUCAAGUCCGACAAAGCUGAGAAGGAGAGGGAGCGCGAGCGAGACAGGGACACGUCCAGCGCGCCGCCACCCGGGCAGGCUGACCCGCCCACCUCCGCCACGCCCACGCCCAGCCUCCCUGCCACAGCACCAUCUUCAUCGUCGGCAUCAUCCCCGGCGGCACCGCACGGCCCCUCGGCCCAGCAGAGGCCGCCGUCGCGGGCGCAGCGCUCGCACACGCCCCACCUCCCUGCUUACAAGCCUCCACCUGCGGACAGCCCCCUGCUCUGGACCUACCCGUCGGCGGGCUUCCGCCGGCCGCCUGCCUACGACAGCCUGCGCAGCACCCCGCAGCUUCCCCCCCUGCAGCCAGAGGGCGGGCACAAAGGCGGAGCCGCGCCCGGCCACGCCUCCCAGACCAAGGCUGCGUUCCCGGCCUGGGAUGGCAGCGUGGGAGGUGUACUGGGCCUCACUGAUGACCAGGCCUACUGGCCCAUGCACAGGAAACUGUCCUUCAGUCACGGCUGCAGAGAAACAGAGAAAGAAGAGGGCCGCAUAUGGAAUGGCAGCACCGACGUCCUGCCGAGGCAGGACAAAGAGGAGGGCGGGGCCAGCGGGCGAGGGGCGGGCCACUCUGGCAUACCCGUGCGGGCGUCGGGCAGGAUGGGGCACAGCGAGAGCCUGGCGGGGGCGGACGGGCCCCCGGGGUUCAGGGCACUGCCCCGCGCUGGCCUGCCCCUGCCCUGCCAGACCUUCCCCGCCUGCCGUAACGGAGAGCUGGGUCGUCUGGGCAGAUCGUCCUCAACAUCGGGAGUGAGACAGGCUGGUGGAGAUGUUCAGAGGCAGAAUAGCCUGCCAGCCAGAGAGGCUCUCAGCCAGCUGCAGGCUCUGUCUCAGACUCCCUGCAGUCCCUCCCUGGUGCGUGCGCAGGCGCAGAUGCCGCAGGCUUCGUUCCCACUGCAGCAGCUCCACCAGCACCACCUGCAGCUGCAGUUCCAGCACCUGGCCCAGCUGGCAGCCCAGGCGCAGACGCAGGGCCCCGCCCCCGGGGGCGGUGGCCCCGGACCCGCCCAGCGCGACGGCAAGCUGCUGGAGGUUAUCGAGAGGAAGCGGUGCCUGUGCAAGGAGAUCAAGGCGCACCGUCGGCCUGACAAGAGUCUGUGCAAGCAGGACAGCAUGCCCAUCCUGCCAAGCUGGAGGAAGACUCCAGAACCACGCAAGACUGGCACGCCCCCCUGCCAGAGACCGCAGGCCGUGGUGUGGGACACAGCAAUCUGACACGGACAGAGGAGGGGGAGUGUGAGCGUACGAACAGAGAGGAUGAUGACAUGAAUGAGAGCAGGAGAGAGAGAAAGGGGGGGCCCAUUUUGGGGGUCCUGGUUUGAUAUGAGAGGAUAGAGCGAUGGGUAGAAGGAGAGUGGAGGAGGACGAGUGAAAGCGAAGGAAAAGACUGGUGGGAUAGACUUACUGUAAAUCCUCAGUGUGCGGGAGGGGCUGGGAGUGUGCUAAUGUCACACAGUGAUUUAUGUGCCAUACAGGGACAGCGCGAACGCACACGCUCACACACACACACACACACACACACACACACGCACACACACGCACAGACGCUACACACUGGAGAAAUACACUUUAGUUUGGACUCUCUUUUAGCUGCCAUGCCUCAUCACGAGUACGAGAGGAACCACCCUGAGUUUACAACCUUUCAGAAACACACUGGACACGUUGUGCCAAGAGUCUGCAGCUCUGCACGCCUUCAUGAGCAUAUCGCCAAAACAAGUGGAGGGGUGCUGCCCCUGUUCACCACAUCACAAAUGGAUGGGGUGGUGGUGAGAAGAGGCACUGCAGGACUCCGGCCCCACCCAGAAUGGAGGCUUUAUUCCAGUGGAAGUCUGGGUGGAGCACCUGGAGGUGGAACCGAGCUCCUCAACCACAGAGGAUGUGUGUGCGUGUGUGUGGGUGUGUGGGUGUGGGUGUGGGUGUGUGUGUGUGUGUGUGUUUGUGUGUGUAUGUAUGUGUGCGUGUGUGUGUGUGUGUGAGUGUUGUCCUACCUUGAUGAAGUCUGAUUCUACAGGGUUUACAGCUUACCCCUGUCUGUAUGCCAUUGUUCUAUUAACUCUGUGUGUGUGUGUGUGUGUGUGUGUGUGUGUGUGUG